GGAUGUGGUCCGUCCGCCAUUUUAUUUGAGUGAGAGAGCGCGGCGGCCAUUAUCCAGUAACGUCAAAAAAAUCGUCGUCGUCCUCUCUUGCUGAAGAAAAGUCGCAUUUCUUUUUGCGUGUGUUCUGAAAAAUCAUUACCAUUAUGUGCGUUUAAAUCCUACGUGAGGUGGCCGUCUUCUCGUCGUGUUCUAUCUCUCGCAAUAUAGUGUUAUCGUAGAUAACUGAUGUGCGGGUGAAGACAGUGUUUGGUAUGGUGAGACCACCUUCGGUUCCUAUCCAAAAUGUCGAAGGAAAUAGCAGAGGAGUACGCUUCGAGUUUGUCGGAUCUGACCGUCAACAGCAAGCCGUUGAUCAACAUGUUGACCAUACUCGCGGAAGAGAACAUCGACCAUGCCGGGGUUAUCGUUGAGACGGUGGAGAAGCAUUUGGAGAAGGUGAAUCCGGACAUCAAGCUGCCUGUACUGUAUUUAGUUGAUUCCAUUAUCAAGAAUGUCGGUGGAGCGUACACCCAGAAAUUCUCACAGAGCAUUGUGAACAUGUUCACUAGGACGUUCAAACAGGUGGAUGAGAAAGUGAGAUCUCAAAUGUUCAAACUCCGUGAGACGUGGCACGAUGUGUUCCCAGCGACGAAGUUGUACCAACUGGAUGUGAAAGUGAACUUGAUCGACCCGGCCUGGCCGAUCCAAGCUCAGCCGCAGCAGUCAAACAUCCAUGUAAAUCCAAAUUUUCUGAAAAAGAAUGCUCCAACAACCAGCACGCCUGCCCCACCCACUGAAGAGGAAGAAAAGAUGCGCACCAUCCUCGUCAAGAAGGAGCAGGAACUACUCAUGCUGCAGAGGAAAAAGAUUGAAAUGGAACUGGAGCAGACAAGGAGGCAGCUGGAAUUGGCAGAGAAAAACGCUAAAAAGGUGACCACGAUAAUCCCGCCGAACUCUAUCAUGCCCACCAUGCCGGUGGCCAUGGUCAACCCGGUGGUGGCUCCCGUGGCGGCCCCGGACGGGCUCAAUAACGUGCCCGGGCUCAAUAACGUGCCCGGGCACAACAACGUGCCCGCCAAGAUGAGGCUGGGACCGCCCGUGAACAAACCGGCGGGCGGUCGCAUCGCGCCCGUCAGCGCCGCGCUGGCCGCCGCGCGCCGCGACCCCCGCCUGGCGCGCGCCCCGCCCCGCGCGCCCGCCUCGCCGCCCAUCGCGCCCCACGUGUUCGACAUCAAGCCGCUCGACCACGCCAAGCGCAAGAACGUGCUCACCAUCGACAUCGACCCGACCGCCGACCCGCGUCCGGCGCGCCGCGACCCGCGCCUUAACCGCCGCGCGCGACCGCGACCCGAUCCCGCGCCAGCCGUCGACCCCGCGCCCGAUUCCGACGCCAAAAGGAUCAGCCGGCUCCCCCCGAUCCCAAAGCUGCGCCGGGAGCCGGAGCCGGCCGACGAGCAGGCGAAGCGCCGCAAGGAGGCGCGCGAGGACCGCCGCCGGCGCCGCGAGGCCGACGCCUCGAAGGACUCGGGCUCGUCCUCGUCGCCGGACAAGAAGGCGCGCGCCAAGGAGCCGAAGGACAAGGAGCGGCGGCGCCGGCGCGCGGAACCCGAGGCGGCGCCGGAGCCGGCGCUGGUGACGUUCAACGAGCGCCGCAUCUCGCACAAGGAGCGCUUCAUGCGCCGCAACAAGCAGAAGUCGGAGAGCCCGGAGCCCGCCGCCGAGCCCGCGCCCGCGACAACGAAACAACUAUUGUGCCGGCAUGGCUUUGCGAAGGUGCACGUCAAGGGUCCCAUCACCUCUGGCGGCAGGGACUUGGAUGAAGCUGGUGGAAGUAUGGGAGGUCAUCGAAACUUCGAAACUCAUCUGGAUCCAUCGCUCUCCCACUCCAAAUUAGGCUUAAGGCUGCAUAAAAAUAAAGUCGUAUUUGCAGAUGUGCCAGAAGUGGUGGCGGAAACCAAGGACGUGGAUCUUCGUGUGCUGCCCGCGGUCGAUGCCAAGGCCGCGCCCGUCGCGCAGAAAAGGCCGUCCACCGAACUCCUGGAUGGAAAGACCAAGAAGACCAAGCUUGAUAAGUUCGAUGUCUUAUUCGGCAACGAGGACGUCGACCUCCGGCAGCUACCUCAAGUGGAAGAGGUGACCGCCCCGCCCCCUCCCACCCUCACCCCGGCCUCCCCCAAGGAAGACGACAAAAUGGAGGAGGACAAGGUCCCCUCCCCGCCCGGCUCGCCCAAGAAAGACUGGCACGAAGUCAAGGAGAAGACCGAUGAGACCAAAAAGACCCCGUCCAAGCUCGACUUAGUCCGGGCGAAGCUCGCCGAAGCCACAAAAGGAACGGACCGGCUCGGCCGACCGCUGCUGUUCAGCAAAUCGCCAAGUAUCGAAAGGGAAAGGCGGCGCACGCUCAGCUCCGAAGACACGGACCUUCGGCCGGAGCACCCCGAGGAGUUCGACGCCGAGGACCACAAGAAGUCCAUCUCCAUCAUCAUGAGCCAGGCCAAGGAGCAGUUCCACGACGGCCAGCUCGACAAGAGCCAGUACAACACUCUCAUGUACCAGGUGCUGCAGCUCAACGAGAAGCUCAAGCUCAAGGAGGCCAAGCAGCGCGAGUCGCUCGAGAUCUCCAAGCGCAAGCUGCAGGCCGCGCACGGGCCCGGGCCCAACAACUACGGCGACAUCGACGAGCGCGUCACGCCCGGGCCCGGCCCGCCGCCGCCGCCCGGCCCGCCCGCGCGGGACCUCGACCUGCGCCGCCCGCUGCUGCCGCGCCCGCCCGCCUUCGUCUACCGGCCCGCCUGGCGCGCGCCCCGGGCCCGCGUCGACGAGUACGUGCCGCGUCCCGCCGCCGACUUCGGCCCGCGCCGCUUUCGCCCGCCCUACUUCCGCGCGCCCUGGCCGCCCUACGAGCCGCGCCCGCCGCCGCCGCCCGCUCCCAUGCCCGGCAUGUGCCAAGGAGAAUGCCCGCUGACGCCCUACGAGAGAACCGUCUCGCCUCCGCCGCUCGGCGUCGGCGCUGCCGAGAUCCCGCCGCCGGACCCGCGCGUGCUCGAGCACAUCGACCGCGACCCCGUGAAAACGAUCCAGAUCGACGGCGUGCCGCGCGAGAUCCGCUUCUACGGCGAGACCGCCGUCAUCAUGAUGGACUGGGACGACCCGCGCGAGAUCCGCUUCCUGCCGGGCCGGCGCCGCGUCACGUUCGACAACAAGGACUCGGUGGUGCUCGGCUUCAACGAGCCGUACCGGCGCGUGGAGGUGGACGACCAGGCGUUCGAUAUUCGGCUCGGCGCGCCGACGCGGGAGCUUUACAUCGACGGGCGCUGGUUCGAGGUGUUUUUCGGCGGGCAGCCGGCGGGCGUGCUGGUGGGCGGACGCGCGCGGCGGCUGGCGCUGGAAGGCCCGGCGCCGCAGGUGGACGUGGGCAAGGCGCGGCGUACGGACCUCGUGGUGGGAAAGAUCAACGUGAUCGUGAACGCGGUGCACGUGUGUCCGGUGUAUUUGGACGCGCGCGUGCAGGAGUUCCACGCGGCCGGCCAGCGGUUCACGUUACGGUUUGCGGACGCGCUGCGCACGGUGUUGAUCAACGAGCGGCCGUUCCGCGUGGAGUUCGGGGACUUGCCUAAGGCUGUUCACUUGGGAGGCGAGAAGUACUUUAUUCGCUUCUCGGCGCUGCCGCGCGGCGUGCGGCCGGGGCUCGUGCGCAUCGAAGGCAUGGUGGGCGCGGCUCCCGGGCCCGCGCCGCCGCUGCCCGCGCCCGGUCUACCGGCGCCUCCGCUGGAAAUGGACGCGGAGACAGUCCUGCCCCCGAAGAAGUCGCCCAGCCCAGAUAUCAACCCGGAGAAUCAAGGUCUGGACAUGCUAGCGAGCGUGAUGCCCUCAAGCUUCAGCUCUGCACCCUCAUCAACCUCAGAAUACAGUUGUGCAGAACCGCUCUUCACCAAACCAGACAAGAUCCCCGGGUUAGAAACCCCAGCGGACGAAAAACCCAACCCUCUGGUACCGGUGUUAGGAAACAUCAACGUCAACGACCUCUUCGCGAAGCUACUGGCCACUGGCAUCGUCCAAGUGCCGAAAGAGACGAAAGACGAGCCGAAACAGGAGCAGAAGCCCGAGGAGAAGCCGAAGCCGAAAGAGGAUAAGAGCGUCAUUCAUAGAGUGGACUUGCUCAAACCUGAGACGCUGAGAGUCAGCAAGCAGCCGGGCCUGGUGAGCCGGCUGUACGGAGGCAUGCAAUGCUCCGGCUGCGGCGCGCGCUUCCCGCCCGAGCACACUGUGCGCUACUCACAGCACCUGGACUGGCACUUCCGCCAGAACCGCCGCGAUCGCGACUCGGCGCGCCGUGCGCACUCGCGGCACUGGCAUUAUGACCUGUCCGACUGGCUGCAGUACGAGGAGGUCGAGGAUUUGGAGGAGAGAGAAAAGAGCUGGUUCGAAACAGCCGGCGCGGAGCAGACGGAGCCGCCGGAGCCGGCGGGCGAGGCGCCGUCGGUAGCCGCGGGCGCGCCCGCUGAGAGCACGUGCGCGCUGUGCGGCGACGCCUUCCAGCAGUUCUACAACGAGGACAAAGAGGAGUGGCAUCUACGCAACUCUGUCAGGCAUGAUGGGAAUAAUUACCAUCCGAUGUGCUUGGACGACUAUAAGGCGUCGCUCACAAAAGAGGAGCCCCCCAAAGAGGAGACACCUGCAGAGGUGACAGUGGAGACCAACGAGGACCCCAUCGAGGUUCUGGAUGCGGACGACAACGUUGAUUCCGACGCAGAAUCCGUCGUGGAGGUCGUCACCGAGCCGCUGCCCGAGCCCGUCGAGAUCGAUGAAGGCGACGAGGACGACGUGGUGUUCAAGGCCGAGCCGGUGGAGGAGGUGGUGGUGCAGGACGACGCCGACACCGACGACGAGACCGCCGAGACGCGCCGCGAGCGCGACCGCCAGGCGCAGCUCGACUUCCACAACGUGAAGAUCAAGCAGGAGCCUAUUGACCCAGACGACGAGCCAGUGAUAACGGCGGAGGAGCUGUCCCCUCAGCCGACGAUCGACACGACGCACACCACGGUCCUGUCGUCCAUCGACGGUAACCUACAGCUCGACAGCGCGCCCGCCACCGCGCCCGUAACCGGCGGCAUUCGCAUCAACAUCUCCAAGUCGAUACCUGCCCCGGCGCCCGCCGAUCGCUUGGAUGACGUCAGCGCGGAUGACGAGCCCCUCCCGCCCGGGGAAGAACCAGAACUCGAAUAUACCCUCAAACCUGCCCUCCAAGGUCGCCGUCUCAGCCGCCAACCACCCGUCAUGAAGGGCAACGAACUCUCCGGACUGUGCUCCAUUAUGUGAAGUGUUGUGCGUGAACUGUGAAGUGUUAAUUUACGGCUAUACUUAACUUUCUAACCGAAUUGACUUUUGUACGACAAUUAAUGGAUUAUUUAGAAUAUCAUCUAAAAUAUGUUUUCUUCGGACAACCCUUGGGUGCAAUGAUUAUGGUAUGAAUGAAGUGACUAUGAAUUUUUAUGUAAAUACAUUGUAGGGUGGUGGGUUCGAGUCCUACUGCAAGUUAUGUUUCAUAUUGAUGAUACUGCUGACUGCUGUGACUUAAACUAUACAAGACUAACAUAAAUAGUUAUGUUAUAAGCAUUUUCUAAGUGGUAGCCUUACAUCUGUAAAUACCGUAUAUUGAAAUGUUAUAUAGGAAUUUGCAUUUUCAUAAUUACCUGUAUUUUUUCAAGUAGCAAGCGUAUCACUUAUGUGUGAUAGUUAUAGUAAUGGAAUUUUUGGUGGUUUUAACGGAAUGUUAAUUGGGUUUGAAAAGGUCUUUGUAAACGCGCAAUAAUUUAGGUUGCUUUACCUUAUGAUGUGUCUUGAAUUAAUCUUUAUUUUUAGUGGUAGGUCUCGUAAACUUAUCAGGAACGUAGUUCCGUCGAUUACCUGAAUGUAGUGCUUAAGAUAUAACAUAUUUUACAAAUGUGAUAUUAAAGUUAAGUUCCUGACGUACUAGCAUCGAAAUACGCUCUUUUCACAGUAACAUUUGUGUAAUAUAUUUUGUAAAUACGUAAUGCCAAGUGUAAAGUGUAAUAUAAUGUUAAUUUUUGUAUAACUUACAAAAUCUAGCAAAUAUCAGGUUCGAGCUACGCAUGUACGUGGGCGAAUCUCGUUUGAUUACCGCAGGGAAUGAAGCAGGUUGUUUAUAAUUUAGCAUAAUGUCUGUUUACUUUAUAAUUUAUUGUAUAUAGCGGAUCAAACAAAUUGAUGGUGAUACAAAGUAUUUGUGUAUCAAUUGAGAAGCAGUUAUUUGUUUCGUUUUAGUCAAUUUGUAUGUUAUUUAGAUGAUAAAAUGUUACAAAAAUCACAAAAACAUUGGUUUUGUUUUCAAUAAAUCACUGAAACUUUAAA